AUGAUUAAAUCGGUUUUAAUCUUUUUAGCUCUAAUUUUAGCUGCCAAAGCAGCCACCCCUCAGCAGUGGAAAUCCCGAAUUAUUUACCAGCUAUUAACUGAUCGUUUUUCAAGAGGUAAUGGUGACAACUCAGGGUGUGCAGAUUUAGGUAAUUAUUGUGGAGGAACUUUUAAAGGGAUUACACAAAAUCUCGACUACAUCCAAAAUAUGGGCUUUGAUGCCAUAUGGAUUUCUCCAGUCCCAGUUAACUACCAAGGUGCUUAUCACGGCUAUGCAGCGAUAGACCUAUAUGGAGUUAAUCCUCAUUUUGGGACAGAGCAAGAUCUUCAAGAUCUCGUAAAUGCUUGCCACUCAAGAGGAAUGUAUGUUAUGCUUGAUGUUGUAGCUAAUCAUGUUGGCCCUGUUUCUCCUGACUUUUCAGUGAUCAACCCCUUCAAUAAGUCUGAAUAUUAUCAUCCAUACUGCCAAAUCAACAAUUGGAAUGAUCAGCACGAAGUUGAAUGGUGCUGGCUUGGAACACUACCUGAUUUAUCCCAAGAAAAUCAAUAUGUAAGAAGUACAUUGAAGAGUUGAAUCAAUUGAAUUGUUAAUAAAUAUGGAUUUGAUGGGCUAAGAGUUGAUACAGCUGUUGAAGUUCCAAAAGACUUUUGGUAUGAAUUUCAAGCCAGUGCCGGCGUUUAUGCAGUUGGCGAAGCUUUUAAUGGAGAUAUUAAUUAUGUUUCGGGCUAUCAAGGACCUCUAGAUGCGGUUUUAAAUUAUCCUCUUUAUUUUUUAUUGAGAAACAUCUUUGCUUAUGGCGGAGAUAUGUAUCAGGCAAGAGACUUCAUGAAUAGUAUGAAGGCCUUUAAAGACCAAACAAUUCUUGGGAAUUUCUUACUCCUUCAUAAUAAAGCAAGCUUCUUUAUUAUAAAUAUUUAAGCUAAAAGGUUAAAUAAAAUUUUGAAAUAUUAAAAUAUUGUAAUUCUGGUUGAAAUACAAUUAAAUUUAAUCAUGAGAGUCAGAUAAUCACGAUAACCCAAGAUUCUUAUACCAAAACGGAAACAUCAAUAGAUUCAAAAAUGCUUUGGCUUGGAGUGUGGUGACUUUAGGCAUACCAAUUGUUUAUUAUGGAGACGAGCAAGGGUUCAAUGGAGGUUAUGAUCCUAACGAUAGAGAAAUCCUUUGGCCAUAUUUAAAGAACACCAACUCUGAUAUGUACCAAUUUGUGACCAAAAUUGUCAAAUACAGGAAGCAAAUGCAGUUGUGGAAUUAUCCUUGGGUCGAAAGAUAUGCUGAUCAUAACUUUUAUUGCUUUUCCAUGGGCAAUGCGGUGAUGGCAUUUACCAAUACGGAUAAUACCAUUCAGAGAUCAGUAACUUAUAACCCGUAUAAAGAAGGAGAUGUGAUUUGCAACAUUUUCUGGAGUGGAGACUGCGUAACCAUUACCAAUGGAGCUCUCAAUGUUGUUCUUUUGAAUGGAGAAGUUAAACUUUAUAUGCCAAAGUCUAUGAUGAUGGAGGAAAAAUAA